AUGAGUGAUAAUUCAACUGUAAUAGCUCGAAGAACUACAGUACCUGCUGCUACUGAUUUUACUUCAUCCUCCCAUCCUUAUUUCAUCUCUCCGUCUGAUUCACUGGGUACUUUGCUGGUGAAUACUCCUUUUGAUGGAAAAAGUUUUGCAGGAUGGAAUAGGAUAAUGAUGAUUGCGUUGACUACCAAAAAUACGAUAGGUUUCAUUGAUGGAUCGACCAUUGCACCAACUGAAAACAAAGAUCUAUACAAGGCUUGGAGCAGGGCCAACAACAUGGUGAUCUCCUGGCUUUUAAACUCUCUUUCUCGGGAGAUUUCGGAAAGUGUCAUCUACUCAUCCCCAACUAAGGAGUUGUGGAAUGAUUUGGAAGCAAGGUUUGGCCAAAGCAGCGGAGCUAAGCUUUUUCAACUUCAAAAGAAACUGAGUGACCUUUCACAAGGUACUUGUGACAUUGCAACUUACUACACAAAGAUCAAGCGAUUAUGGGAUGAGCUUGAUGUUUGGAUGCCUUCAUCAUGUGUAGUUGUGACUGUACUUGCAGAGCAAAAGACAAGAAUAUCAAGGCAAAGCAGGAUCUGA